AUGAAAAAAAGUCAAGAAAGUUCAAGAAUCAAAGAAUUUCUAAUUCAGGAUGGCCCUUUUGGAUCCUGUGAAAAUAAGUUCUGUGGCUUGGGGAGGCACUGUGUGGUCAGCAGAGAGACGAGGCAUGCGGAGUGUGCCUGCAUGCAAGCUUGUAAACAGCACUACAAACCCGUCUGUGGGUCCGAUGGGGAAUUCUAUGAAAACCACUGUGAAGUGCACAGAGCUGCCUGCCUGAAGAAGCAGAAGAUCACCAUCGUUCAUAAUGAAGACUGCUUCUUUCAAGGAGACAACUGCUUGGCCACUGAGUACAGCAAGAUGAAAAGUAUGCUUUUAGAUUUACAAAAUCAAAAGUACAUUACACAAGAAAAUGAGAAUUCUAACGGUGAUGACAUAUCUAGGAAGAAGCUGUUGGUGGAUCAAAUGUUCAAGCAUUUUGAUGCAGACAGUAAUGGACUUGUAGAUAUUAAUGAACUAACUCAGGUGAUUAAACAGGAGGAGCUGAACAGGGACCGUUCUGACUGUACUCUGUACGAUCUGCUCCAAUACGAGGACUUCAAUGCUGACAAGCACCUGGCUCUUGAGGAGUUCUAUAGAGCAUUUCAGGUGAUCCAGCUGAGUCUGCCUGAAGAACAGAGAGUUACCAUUACAGCAGCCACUGUGGGACAAAGUGCUGUUCUGAGUUGUGCCAUUGUGGGAGCCCUGAGACCCCCUAUCAUAUGGAAGAGGAACAAUAUUGUCCUAAAUAAUUUAGAUUUGGAAGACAUCAAUGACUUUGGCGAUGAUGGGUCUUUGUAUAUCACCAAGGUUACCACAGUACACAUGGGCAAUUAUACCUGCUAUGCAGAAGGCUAUGAGCAUGUCCAUCAGACACACAUCUUUCAAGUGAAUGUUCCUCCAGUCAUACGAGUGUAUCCAGAGAGUCAGGCCAGAGAACCUGGGGUAACUGCAAGCCUUCGGUGCCAUGCCGAGGGCAUACCAGACCCUCAGCUUGGCUGGCUGAAGAAUGGAAUUGACAUUACACCAAAGCUCUCCAAACAGCUCACACUUCAAGCAAACGGCAGUGAGGUCCACAUCAGUAACGUGCGCUAUGAAGACACUGGAGCGUACACGUGCAUUGCUAGGAAUGAAGCGGGCGUGGAUGAAGACAUCUCUUCUCUGUUUGUGGAAGAUUCUGCUAGGAAGACCCGUCUGGGCAUUGGGAACAUGUUCUAUGUUUUUUAUGAAGAUGGAAUCAAGGUGAUCCAGCCCACGGAAUGUGAGUUUCAGAGACACAUCAAGCCCAGUGAAAAGCUCCUUGGAUUUCAGGAUGAAGUCUGUCCCAAAGAUGAAGAGGAUGAAGUGCAGAGAUGUGUAUGGGCUUCCGCUGUUAAUGUCAAAGACAAGUUCAUUUAUGUUGCUCAGCCAACUUUGGAUAGAAUCUUGAUUGUUGAUGUGCAGUCCCAAAAAGUUGUUCAGGCAGUGAGCACAGAUCCUGUACCAGUUAAAUUACACUAUGACAAGUCACAUGACCAGGUCUGGGUGCUGAGCUGGGGCAGCAUGGAGAAGACAUCACCAACUCUACAGGUGAUAACCCUGGCCAGUGGGAACGUACCACACCACACCAUCCACACGCAGCCAGUUGGAAAGCAGUUUGACCGUGUGGAUGAUUUUUUCAUCCCGACCACGACACUUAUUAUCACCCAUAUGAGGUUUGGAUUUAUUCUUCACAAAGAUGAAGCAGCACUGCAUAAAAUUGACCUUGAAACCAUGUCUUACAUCAAAACAAUCAACCUGAGAGAUUCAAGGUGCAUUCCUCGAUCCUUGGCAUACACCCAUCUGGGAGGCUACUACUUUAUUAGCUGCGAGCCCGACAUCACUGGAGCCCUUCCCCCACAGCUCGUGGUGGACAGUGUGACUGAUUCAAUCAUCGGCUUCAACGGUGACGUGACAGGCACCCCUUACAUCUCGCCAGAUGGACACUAUCUUGUCAGCGUUAAUGAUGUGAAAGGGCUCGUGAGAAUCCAGUACAUCACCAUCAGAGGAGAGAUCCUGGAUGCUUUUGAGAUUCACACCAACCUGCACAUAUCUGACCUGGCCUUCCAGCCAUCCUUCACGGAAGCCCACCAGUACAACAUCUAUGGAAGCUCAAGUCAGCAAACCGACGUGCUCUUUGUGGAGCUCGCCUCUGGGAAGGUCAAGAUGAUCAAAAGUCUCAAAGAACCCCUCAAGGCAGAAGAGUGGCCCUGGAGUCAAAAGAACAGGCACAUCCAAGGCAGUGGACUGUUCGGACAGUACCUCAUGACCCCGUCCAAGGAUUCUCUCUUCAUUCUGGAUGGUCGCCUUAAUAAGUUAAACUGUGAGAUCACCGAAGUUCAGAAAGGAAAUACCGUUGUUUGGGUUGGAGAUGCCUAAAGAGCCCCAUUAGGUAAUCACGGAGGAAGAGUUUUACAGUACAUUACACACGAUCUUUAUUUCAAUUACUAGUUAAAUUUUUCAUGUUUAUAUCUUAGUAAAAACCCACUCUGUUUGUCAAACUAAGCCAGAUUUUUUUUACAAUAAUAUUGGCUGAUUAGGA